AUGACAGACAUAGGCAGAGUUGCCGCUCCUUGGUGGGAGCGCUCACUCCCACCCUGGGUUGACCGGCCGGACAUUUCAAGCUUCUAUGAGAUGGUCGCCGCCCUCAAGGGUUACAAAUACAAUCAGCGGGCUGCUGCUGUAGUUUCGCAGCACGACGAUGUUCUCGUCCAACUCUGUCUUCUUGUCGACGCCAUCGGCCUUGACCGCAAAUCUGCCAGCAAGUUUGUCCGCCUUUUCAAGCUGGUUCACAGUAUGGAUGAGUUUAAGAACCGGGUUGUCGAAGGCGACCGAGAAGUUGCAACAUCCAUUGCAAACAUUCUCGAUGUUUAUGAGGACUCGGCACGGAUUGUGAAGAUUCGCAAAUCUCUCAUCCCUGUUAGGAAACGCACCCUGACUGAAGCCUAG